AUGAAUAAAAUUUUCAAAUCAAUCCUAUCGAAACGUGAUGGUGGAACAACAACAUCAUCAGCUCCGUCGAUCACAACAACUGGAGGCAAUCUAGCCGAUGGAAGUCAUCCAACAUCUCAAGAUAUACUUUUAACACUGGGACAUCUUCGAAAGAUUUUCAAUGAAUAUCAAUGUCCGAAAGUGCAAUGGUCUCAAGAAGAAAAAAACGAUCGGCUCUAUUCCACGAUACCAAUGGUUAUCAAAGUUCUUAAUGUUCUAUCAAAUAAUGAAUGGGAAGAACGAUUUCCUGAAUUAUCUGAUUAUGCUUUAACACUUGCUAAAUUGUUAGUUGUAGAAAUACGCCAACGUGCUGAUAAAGAACCGAAUAGUAGUGCCGCUAGUCAGGCUAUUAUUCAAUAUUUGGAAUUAACAGAUGAAAAUCAAAUCCUUUCCGGUUGGUCAUUACUCCAUGCACUUAAGUUAUUAUCAACUGGGCCGAAUUCCAUCAUGAGUAAAUUUGCUCAAGCAUCCUUACCGAGUACAUUAGUCAAAUGUUUAUAUUUAUUCUUCGAUUUACCCGAAACUCCAUCAACUCACGCUACCAACGACAGUAUAUCACCUAAAGAAAAACGUAUAUUACUUCAACAAAUAUUUUUUCAACUUCUAUCACGUACUGCUGUAUCAAACUCAUGCGUGGAAGAAUUAACACGACGUGAUGAUCUCUCAUUGUUAUUCAAUGCGAUUUCAAGCAACUGUCCUCAGCGUAAUAAACCAUGGAGAAAUCAAGCAUCGGAUAUGUUGAUUUUAAUCGGAAAACAUACAUUACAAUCAGCAAUUCAAUGCAUACAUAAUGGGAAACAUAUAUCUCAGUGCGUAGAUAAUUUACGUCGAGCUACGUGUGAUCUCUCGUUGGAAGAGAUAGCUCGAGUUUAUGAGACACUUAUUUGUAUAUUAAUCGAAUCAGCAGCAUUAGCAUCUAGUCUUCUAGAUGAUUUUCGUCUCGCACAUUGUUAUGUUCAUUUGAAAGAUAUUAUUCUAAGACUUGAAAAUGAAUGGAUCAAUGAGGAAUCGGAAAAAUUCUUCGCACGUUUCAUAACAUUACUCGGUGAUUUCACAUAUGCAGGUUUUAAUGAAUUAAAACUACCGCCAAGACCAGAGACAAUUUUUUAUAUUCCAAGUUUCAUCAUACCACAACCCAAAAAAACCGGUUUUAUUGUUCGCAAUCUAUCGGCAUUUGCUAUUCUCCAAUCGAUAUUUCAACAGUCAACGCAUCCAUUUCUGAUCAACAUUGUUUUCGAUACGAUCGGCAGUAUUAUUCUCGCUGAUAAUGCCAACUACUUCUUUUGCGGCGAAAAUCUUUCGCCGUUAACUGAAGUUCUCUAUGAUAAACCCAAUGAUGUUCAAUUAAAAAUCUACGAUCUAUUAGAAUUCAUUGUCUUUCAGCUCAAAUAUGUUCCUCAUAGAGAACUGGUGAACUUAUCGAUCAUGUUAAAAUCGAAUAGUUUGAUACAAAAUCAUAAGAAUUGUGUGAAAUAUCUGAUUCAUAUAUUAAAGUUUAACAAUGUAUUGAAAGAUGCUCUUCGUGAACUGGGAUUCAUUGAAGUAUUGAUUGCACGUUUACAUCAUUUCGCGACAUUGUUAAAAGAAUCAGUACAAGAUGUUAAUGAUACCGGCGAUAAUAUGGAUCAAGAAGAAAAAGAAUUGGGUUUUCUUGUUAUGGAAGCAUUGGCAUUACUUUUGUCACAUAAUCCCAAAAAUGCGAAAAUCUUUCGAGAACACGGAGGAGCACGACUUGCCCAUAAUAUCAUACCAUAUCGGUUGUGUCGAAUAGCUGCGUUAACAGUCGUGCUUCAUCUUGUGCUAUGUACUGGUGGGGAAGAUGAUACAGGAACGUUGUUGGGUUUGAUACAUACAGCAAAAUUAGAAGAAUUAGAGAUGAAAUCCGUUAUUCUUAAAGGUUUUCUCUACAUUCUUCGAGAGAGUCAUCGGACUCGUACUGUGUUUCGAAAAGUCGGCGGUUUUGUUUACAUUGUCUCCUUAUUAAUAUCAAUGGAAGGCUGCUUAGCCAUACCACCAAAACAUCCGUGGACCACAGUAUCUCGACAUGAAAUCUUAUCGAUCAUUCGUCUGAUACUAAACACAUUAACUGUGGCAAUGCGAUUUGAGCCUGGCAAUGCUCGAUUAUUUGAGAAUGAGGUUCGAUGGCAAAGUUUGUGUGAUGCAAUAAAAUUACUCGGCUGUUUCACCAACGAAACUCGCCUCAUUGACAGUCAAACAUCUUCAUCAUCCAAGUUUGAUUAUGCAUCGAAACACAAUUAUGAUAUUUUCGAACAAUUAUUUUAUUCGCUGGACGAACGUCUUAUCUCGUCGGCGGAUUUGCCACUUGAACUCAUCAAUGCUUGUCACAUUGCACGAUGUUUUCAUGACAUCGCACUCGAUUGUAUCGAUAACUGUUCGAAAUUCGCGGAUGAUUUUACCAUUGAUAAAAUCUCUCAGUCACUAGUAUCGAAAAAUGAACCAAACAGACAAGGCUCUGCAAAUGAUAAUAACGAAGAUUCAUCUACAAAUUCACUCUUUCGUCAAAAUACAUUCAAUAUGUCAACAACAGCACGAGCAUCUGUAUCAUUCACAUUUCCAUUGUAUAUGGAAGAACCCAUUAUUGUUUAUCCAGGUGCUAUCGUGUGUUUCUUACAGAUUAUAUCUUGCAUACCCCGAAUGGUUGAUGAACAAUAUUCGAAUCGAUUGCAAUACUUUUUAAUGUUGACAUUGAAAAAUCUUUUGAAAAGCGAUCGAAAUUUGCAAAUCAUGGCUACAUACGGGUUCUCUCAACAUAUUUUGUAUAUCUGCGAAGUUGCGCUGGAGAACGAGAAUCAUCACUUGCAUACAUCUGUCGAAUACAUUUUCGAACGUUUGGCUGCCUUUAUCCUACCAGUGCGAACUUUAAGACAAUUUCUUCGAAUGGGUAUCGAAACAACGAUGAGUCCAGCACUGAUGUUGACUGCACCAAAAGAUGUUAGUCUAUCAAAUAAACCAUUUGUACCAUUAAAUCGAAUAAAGUGUCUGGUUUCAAUGACAACAUUACGUGAUAUUCGUCGGGAAACUCAAGUUUUAAUUAUUCCAAAUUCUCCAACCGGUACCUCGUCCAAUCUGUCGACUGUCCUAUCUCCACCUUUCGUCGAAUUCAAUAUGGGUAUCGAAGGUUUUGGUGCUCUCUUAUUGCCAUGCUUAUGUCCACAGUCCGUCACAUCAUCAACAAAUGUUGUCGGAAAUUUCGGUAUGGUUUCUAUUUCGAAUGACAUUGUCCUACAAGGUGGUAUGACGUUAACGAAUGGUGGUGAACGACCAUUUCCACCACAGUAUGGAAUGACGUAUUCAACAUGGUUCUAUGUGGAGAAAUUCGGACCAGUUAAGGAUAAUAUGCAUCCGAUACGGCUUUUAUCUAUUAUUCGAAAUACAUUCAAUCGAGAAGACUAUCGAUUCGUUCUACAGAUCUAUAUACAUCCAAAAGACAAAUCUUUAUUAGUUUCAACACAAGAACAUCCAUUUCAAGAUUGUCACAAUGAUUCGAUAUGCACUGAUGAGAUCAAGUCUGAUGGUUUGGUCAAAUUUGUGUGUUCGGAAAUGAUGAUUGAACAAAAAUGGACGCAUAUAGCACUUGUUUGGACAAAAGGUAUGCUGAAAAACAGUGGCGUUACUCUUUACAUCAAUGGCAAACAGAUUGCCGUUCAAAAGUUACAUUAUAUCAAUAAUAUGACUGUACCACCCGGAAACAGUGUUGCGACCUUUGCAUAUAUUGGCUCAUUACCUGUUCAACGUGUACAUUCGAAUGUUCAAUGGCGACAGGGACCUUGUUUUCUAAUUGAAGAUAUUCUUUCUUCACAACUUAUCGCAGCUAUGUAUGGAGCUGGUCCAAGUUAUAUUGGAUCAUUCCAAGCUGUCUGUAUCGACCCGGUGAAUGAUAUCUUUUCGCCAUUAUUUCCUGAAGAUCGAAUUAUCUUUGGCUUGCACCCUGCUAGUUUCUUCGAAACAACUUUAUCACAUUUUAAAAAGCUUUAUAAUAAAAAUGACGCAAAACUAAUUGCCAAACAGCUCAAUAUGCCGACCAAUGAAUCUACGGUACCUAUUCGAAUUUUGUAUAAUAUUGCUGCACCAUACAGUGGUCCUGCUCGAACAGUUGGUGGAGUAGUCAUUGGUUACUUAGGUGUUCGCAUUUUCGUUCCGAAUCCAGUUUCGAAAACGAUUGAAUAUAUCGGUGGUCCUCACGUCAUGCUUGGUCUAAUUGCUAUGUCAAAUGAUAUUGAAUCAUUCUAUGCAUCAGUAAAAGCUUUUGUUUGUGUGCUCAAGUCAAAUAAACAAAUGCAAAAUGAAUUAUUGAGGACAAAAGCAUAUCAAUUUCUGGGAUUUUUAUUUUUGAAAAAACGUCACCUUAUUAAUAGUCAUAUCUUACACUUAACAUGUACAUUAGUUGGCACUAUUGACACUAUUCGUGAAUCAACAGCAGUUACGAAUCCAGCAGCAUUCGAACAUUUGUUAUGUGAAUUUGAAAUAUGGAAAGGUGUUAAUGUUGAUAUUCAAAAGUCGUCAUUUGAGCACUUACUUGAUGUAUUUCUGACAAGUGAUACACAAAAUUUGAUGAUGAAUCAGAGAUUAUCACAAAAAAUCAACUUGAUGUCACGUCUAUUGAAUUUACUGAAAGACGGUUCGCUCUCGGAAUCGACACGUCCGAUCAUUGUCAGUGUAAUUCGUGUAUUACUCGUGACGUAUAAGAACGCCAACGAUAUCAUCAAACUUGGACAAUUUCUUGUUUAUCUUUUGCCUUCGAGUUCAUUUUCGGAAAAAACUAUUGUUGUUAAUGAACUUCUUGAUGAUUCAUCUGCUGCUGUGCAGAGUAUAAGUCUCCGAAAUUUUCUACUGGAAAUGUUAGCACGAACGAUUGCAGAGGAGAAACGUUCACAAACGAAUUUAACUGAUGAAUUUCUUGCACAUCUCGGUUACGAUUGGUUGCUUCUUUUUCUGCAGUCUCAUCUACAUCCUCGCACGAUUAUCGUAACGACGAAAUUGCUCAUUGCGUUUCUUCUAUCAUCCUCGAAUGCUUUGACGCGCUUUCGUGACAAUGCGAUGCUAUUGAGUAAUCCAUCAACAGUAGGAAAUUCCUUGUCAUCGUCAACAUCAUCGGCAGCAACAACGCCAGGUAGUGGUUUUACAAUCUCGUCUCCAACGUCAAAUACAGGAAAUGCGACCCCAUUAUCACCAUUAGCAGCCAUCAAUGAAAACUGGAUCAGUGUACUCAAUGACCGGACAACAGCGAAAACAUCGUUUCCGUUAGGUAUUGAUCCAAGCUUAGCGCUUGGAACCAAUGCCAAUGUUUCAGUGCCACUGCCGGGAUUCGUUCUUUUGCAACAUAUUUAUGCGCAAAGAGCAGAAAUUAUACCUACGUACUAUCAAUUAACAGCACUACUAUUUCGACAACAACCUUCAGACGAUAUGAUGGAACAAACCGAGAUCACGGUAGAGAAACUGUUGAAAUCCGUCAAUCUUCAUACACCUGUUGGUAAUACUCUAUCGAAUUCGGGUUCAUCGGGAACGAAACAGCAAUCAGCAGCUCAGCAACAGUAUGAACUAGAUGCUUGUCCAGUUUUGCUAGCAAUGAUACGAAGUUUAACAGUUCAAGAUUCUGAACAAGCGGAACAGAAUGGCUUAGCUAUUUUGAAGUUUUUCCAUCAAUUAUACCGUCGCAAAGCAGAAUUUUCGAAUUAUAUCCAAACAGUCGAAUACCUUUCAUCUCUCUGUGGAAUUGUUUUCCCUCCAGUAGUGAUUCUGCCUCAAGCAUCUGUCGAUUCGCCAAGUGUCAUCACUCGUCAGAAAAAUGUCGCUAGUGAAGAUCCCACAUCACCAACUACUCAGAUUGAUUCACUCACAACUUCGUUUUCAUCCAAUGCCACCUUGCGUGGAACAAUUGUUGACAUCAUUCGAGAUAUCAUUAUCGACAGUCUCUGUGCUAAUGCCGUACGCGUACCGAAUGUAAUUGAUUCUUUCCUUUCUGCUCUUCCGGAAAAUAUGAAUACCGAUUUAACGUAUCAAAUAUUCGUCCAAUGUGUUUUCAAAUCUGUUAUUGAGUAUCUGGAAACAUCUGAUGUUUGUGCAUUGAAUUCCAGUGAUGAUCAGACUAGUGCAUUUAAUUUCGGUCUCGGUGAACAAUCAGGGAAAAGCGUUUAUUCACGUGCAUUUUCAACUAUAACGUCAAAUAAUUCGUCGACGAAUUUCAAUAUGUCAGUGUAUAAGGUUCUUUUGGAAAAUGUGACACACUUUAUCGAACGUAUGGUAAAUAAAAUCUGGGAAAUCGAUUAUCGCGAACCGAAGCAGAUCUUUGAAUUUAUUACUAAAAUAAUUAAUCAAGCGAAAAAACGAGGAUCGAAUACAUUCAUGGAUUCACUCUUUCGUUCGUUGAAUCGAACAAUACUAUUUGAAUUAUCACGAAAAAUUGAGUCGAUUGGCGAUCAAAUGCUCAUUCUCGAUGCACUUCAUCGUUUGGCUAACAAUCGACAACUAAUCUUCACGGAUGCAAAUCAAGAUUCGGAAUUUUUCGGUUGUCUUUGUUAUUGUUUGAUUAUUUUAAUUGAUGAAACUGGAACAAAACAAAUAGGUGAUGAUUCGAGUUCUCGAUCAACGUGGUAUCACCGUCUUGACAGUCCAAUAUCAACGGUGGGACCAAAUAAAAGUUUGAUUAUCAAUGCUGCACAACGUAUCUGGUCGGAAUUGUAUAUGAAAAAGAAGCCGGCGUUGGAAGAAAUUCUCAAAAUGAGUUUCUCACAGCCUGUGAUACAGAAUAAAACAACUUUAGUAGACGUCAGCGAAUAUUUAUUGGAACCAGCAUCAAAAGUUUGGACGAAGUUUGUUGAGGGUGAACUGAAGAUAACCGAUAAGAUUCAACAACAGAUUAUGCAUGUCGGCUCACGUAUACAACGUUUGACUGGUGGUGUAACCGGUGGUUUUCGUUCAAGUCUUCAUCAACUUCGCGGAACAAAAGUAAAACGCGAAGCAGUGAAAUUAGAUCGUCAAACGAUUCAUAGUGCGUUGGCUCUGAUGUCUGUCAUUGUUUCCAGCGUGAGAGAAAAUGUUGAAAAUGAAUAUCGUCGAUUGACACAGAAUUCGGAACAAAAGUUUAACUAUCUGUAUGAAGAAUGGUUUGCGAUCGAACGUGAUUUGCUACGCGAACGCGGCUUAUGGGGAUUCGAUGAGCCUGAUCCAUUAGCAAAAUAUAAGUUAGAUUUUAUCGAAGGACCUUGUCGAAUGCGCAAACGAAUGGUACUUAAUGAAGAUUUCUAUCGACAUUAUCCGCAUCGUGUGACCGUCGAACAAACGAAAAGAAAGUUUAAUCCUCCGGUAUCGUUCGAUUCGAAACAGUAUUUCGAGCGACAAUCAAGCAUUGUUGACCGAUUGUUAAUCACAAAUCCAUUGGCGAUUGAAAAUAGUCUUCCAUCACCACCCCCAAUCUUGAAAGAACCAAACGAAGUGAUGUCUGCAGCAGUCAUAAUUAAAGAAACAAAUGAAUUGACUCCUUCACUAACAGAACAAACGAAUCGUGACGAAGGUGAAUCGUGGACAAACGAAGAAGGACAAGAAGUAUUAGCUCCGACUUUGCUAUCUGUGCGAAAGAAGGCAUCAACUGACGUAACAGUAACAGAAGAAAUGAUGACAGCUGAUGAUGAAGAUGAAGAAGAUCCAAUGGUUACGAAACUUGAGCAAGAUGAAGCAGAAGCAGAAGUUGAAACUCAACAAGUAGCACCGACUUCAAACGAAACACUCGAAAUGGCACAAACGAAUCAAAAUGUUCUACGCUUACUCGAAGAAGAUGAAAAGAUAUCCCUAGCAUUUCGCUGUGCACGUAUCGAAGGUCUGGAUGGCAGUGAAGGAAUAUUAAUCUUCGGUCGUGAACACUUCUACAUUCUCGAAGGAUACACAUACAACACAGAAAAGAAUGAAAUUGUCGAUUUGGAAAAAUGUCGCAAUGAAUACAUACCAUUGAUACCUAAAUCAUCAACAAUAACUAGCACAGACAUAACACAAUAUAGAAAAGAAUGUUCGAAAUUCGCUUAUGAAGACAUCAAGGAAGUUCAUAAACGACGACAUAUUUUACAACCUAUUGCAUUGGAAUUAUUUGCUGCCGACGGUCGAAAUUAUCUACUCGUUUUUGUUCGUAAGGAACGGAAUAAGGUCUAUCAGCGUUUGAUCAAUUCAGCAACGGAAUUGACCGAUUCAGCGAUUCAUUCUGUAUCUGGACAACGACGAAGUAUAAGUAUCGAACAAGGUCAUCUGCGAAAUCGCAGUCAAAUCACUAGUUUCAUCGGUACACUCAUGGGUGAACGGUCAGUGACACAGCGCUGGGAAAAAGGUGAAAUUAGUAAUUUUCAGUACCUAAUGUUUUUAAAUACACUUGCCGGACGAUCAUAUAAUGACUUAAUGCAAUAUCCAGUUUUUCCAUGGAUUCUUGCUGAUUACGAUAGUAAAGAGUUGAACCUGACAAGUCCAUCGACAUUCCGUGACCUAUCAAAGCCUAUGGGUGCUCAAACAGAAAAUCGACUUGUUCAGUUUCAAAAACGUUUUGCUGAAUGGGACGAUCCUACGGGUUCCACACCAGCUUACCAUUAUGGUACACAUUAUUCGUCAGCAAUGAUUGUUGCAUCGUAUCUUGUUCGAACUGAACCGUUCACUCAAGUUUUUCUUCGUUUGCAAGGUGGCCAUUUUGAUCUCGCUGAUCGAAUGUUUCAUAGCAUUAAAGAUUCAUGGCUCUCAGCUAGUAAAAAUAACAUGGCUGAUGUCAAAGAAUUAAUUCCAGAGUUUUUCUAUCUACCUGAUUUUCUACUCAACACCAACAAAUUCGAUCUCGGUAAAAAACAGAAUGGAUUAGCUUUGAAUGAUGUCAUUCUACCAACGUGGUCGAAAAAUGAUCCAAGAGAAUUCAUUCGUCUCCAUCGUAUGGCAUUGGAGAGUGAUUAUGUUUCAGCACACUUACAUGAAUGGAUUGAUCUUAUCUUUGGUUAUAAACAAGAAGGACCAGCAGCUAUCGAAGCAACCAAUGUAUUCCACCAUUUAUUUUACGAAGGUGCUGUUGAUGUCGAUGAUAUUAGUGAUCCACUCGAGCGAUCAGCUAUCAUUGGUUUCAUAAAUAAUUUUGGACAAAUUCCUAAACAAUUAUUUAAACGACCUCAUCCCCAAAAGAAAUUAAGUCGAUCUCUGAUGGACUCUGUCGGUAUUGACAGAAAUCUAUUCUUCAAUCAUGUGAAUAGUCUACGACCUUCAAGAGUACCAAUUAAAGAAUUAAAAUCAGCAGUUGGUUUGAUACUUCCCACAGAUAAAUCAUUGAUCGCAUUAGAACAAUGCAAGGCUAUUAUGUCACCAAAUUAUACUCGUUGUAUUCAGUAUGGAUUUCCUGAUGAAAGUCUUCGCAUUAUGUCUGUUGAUUCUGAUAAAAGUUCCAUGAUUUAUGAAUUGGUACAAGAGGGAAAAAUAACUCAAGUUCUUUGUCCGACGCCACGAUACGUGAUAACUGCUGGUACAAAUACAUUGAUUAACGUUUGGGAAAUCGGCAAAGGUCGUCAUAAACGUUUACAUCUUAAAACACGAUUAGCUGGUCAUAACGAUACGAUUACGUGUCUCACGGCAUCACAAGCCUAUCGAAUUCUAAUAUCAGGCUCCGAUGAUCAAACUUGUAUCGUAUGGGAUUUGAAUCGUUUGCAUUUUAUUCGACAAUUACCCAAUCAUGCCGCGUCAAUAUCGUGUAUAUGUGUGAAUGAAUUAACAGGUGAUAUUGCCAGCGCGGCGGGUAGUCAUCUUUAUGUGUGGACUAUUAAUGGGCAAUUGGUGGCAUCAAUUAAUACUAUGGCAUAUAGUCGUCAGCAGUCGAUUCUGUGCGUUGCUAUGUCUCAAAUGAAUGAAUGGGAUGAUGAAAAUGUGAUCAUUACGGGAAGUUCAGAUGGCGUUGUCAGAAUGUGGACUAUAGGCUAUGAUCAAGUCCUUGAUGCACCGCCAUCUUCGCCUUCAGUAUUAACGUUUGGUGAUGACCGAAGUCGUGUUCCAUCGAUCUCUCAACCAUCGCCAAUCAAAUUACAGUCAAAUCCUAGUCAUCUCUCCGUUGAUAACGACGUCGAUUCUGACGAAGGUGAACCACAAACGCCUGCAACGCCCACGCAAAUGCAGCUCUCACCAGCAAAUGAACAAUCGUUUGAUGACGAUGGAGAUAUGAAUGCGAUUAAAGAUACACUUGCUAUACCAUCCGCACCGCCUCUAAAUAGUCCAACUGGUAGUGAUAAAUUUAUUGUUGUGACUGAUGUGGAAAUUCUUGAAGCCAAAGGUGGAAGUUCAAAUAGUGAAAAUAUAGUGAAAUCAGCUUAUCUCGACUUGAAAGAAGGUUUUCGAUGGGAACGUCGAUUGAACUAUCGUGGCAAACUAACAAUGCAUACAGCUUAUGAACGAAAAGAAAAUCCAAGUCCUGCUGCUGUAACAGCAAUUGGCAUAUCAAAAGAUCACAAAAGUUUGUAUGUCGGUGAUGCACGUGGUCGAAUAUUCAGUUGGAUUGUCAGUGAUAAUCCUGGUCGAACAAAUGCUGAUCAUUGGAUUAAAGAUGAGACCGUUGGUGCAUGUAAAGACUGUUCAAUUCGAUUUUCCUUUGCAGAACGAAGACACCAUUGCAGAAAUUGCGGACAAUUAUUUUGUGCCAGAUGUAGUCGAUUCGAAACAGACAUUCCCAAGAUGAAAAUCUACAAAAAUGUUCGUGUCUGUCGACAAUGUUAUACAACUAUCCAAGAACAACGUUCAUCUACGGCAAAUAACAAUUGA